AUGAUUAUAUUAAGACUCUAUACAUCAAAGAAAUAUGCUGUUAAAGCAUGGUUAAUCUCAAUAUUAAUUAUUCUGUUAAAUAUUAGCUAUGCUAUCUUCCAUAUUUCAGUUACCAAUUGGUUUGAGAAAGUAUACAAUAUCAUUAUUAAAUCUCUCAAUACAAAUGAUGAUACUUAUAUUAUGGAAAUCAGAAAUAAUGCACUCAACUUACCUAUAUAUCUUGUUAUUUUAGGCUCUAUAAGUGUUUUUAAUUCUCUUUCCUUAUCUUUGCUUUUAAUGAUAUGGAGGAACUGUCAAACUAAUAACCUAUUUCAUCACUGGCAAGUCAUUCGUCAUAUUGAAGGUGCUGCCCAAAGAGUACAAGAAGACACAUUAAUAGUUAUGAGUGUAACUAGGAAACUAUUUCCAAAAAUAACAAUGACUUUUAUUAAAGGUGUGAGCCACUUUCCUAUGCUUUACAAGGCAAGUAUUAAAAUCGGAGGAAUUCCACCUUUUUAUGAAAACUCGCAAUAUGCAUUGUUGGUCUAUGUCUUCAGUGCAAUAGUACUUAGCUGUAUAGCUUUAAGUACUUCAUCAAGUAGUAUCCCUAUACUAUUAAAAAAAAGCCAAGUUACUGAAGCUUCACUAAGGAAGGACCUAGUUAUUGGCGAAUCUUAUGUACUGUAUGUUGAAAAUAAAGAUAUUGAACAAACAUUUUCAUCUUUAUCAAACAUAUACGAAAAAUUAUAUUACACUAUGAUGCGAUAUGAACUUGUAAGUAGACUUUCUGAAAAGAUUUUUGAGUCAUUACCUUCAAUAAUUCUGCUUCCAGCAAUAUGCAGCAGGAAAAUAUCACUUGGGGAACGUAUGUCAAUAAUUCGUUGUGUAAAUUCUGCAAGAUCUCCUAUUAUUUCAAUUGUACUUAACUGGGAUAAAAUAAAUGAACUGUAUGUCGCAGUAAAAAGACUUAAUUCACUUGAAAUUAUGAUAGCUAAACACAAUACGGACUAUUUACUAAACACACAGUAA